CGGCCGCCUCCCUUGGUCGGCUGGACCUGAGGCGUGGGCUAGAGCUGCGCGGGUGGAGGGGACGGUUCCCGGCGCCGGCGCGGCAGAGUGGUCGCGGGAGCGUCGGCGCCGACCGUGGGGCUGGGUGCUCGCGAAUCCGCUCGCCCUCAGCCGGGACGCGGGGAAGCGGGGCGGGGGUGCGGGGUGGUGCGGGUUGGGGCGGCCAAUGCGAAGCUGGCUGGUGCUGCUGUGCCCGUGCGUGCUCGGGGCCGCGCUGCACCUCUGGCCACGGGUCGAGUCUUUCCUUCCAUCUUGUGGAUCUGGAGCUGGAGUUGCAGAUCAGUCAGCAAUAUCUCCUCUGUGGAAAUCUGGUCACUAUGAUGUGGUAGUUGGUGUGUUGUCAGCUCGCAAUAACCAUGAACUUCGAAGUGUGAUAAGGAAGACCUGGCUGAAGCAUUUGCUGCAACACCCUACACUAAGUAAACGUGUGCUUGUGAAGUUCAUAAUAGGUGCUCAUGGCUGUGAAGUGCCUGUGGAAGACAGGGAGGAUCCUUACUCCUGCAGACUGCUCAACAUCACCAAUCCAGUUCUGAAUCAGGAAAUUGAGGCCUUCAGCCUUCCUGACGAUGCUUCCUUAUUGGGGCUCUCUGAAGACCGAGUUGUCAGUGUGAGCUUCCGAGUUCUCUACCCGAUUGUGAUUACCAGUCUUGGAGUAUUCUAUGAUGCUAGCGAUGGAAGCUUCCAGAGGAACAUCACUGUCAAGCUGUAUCAGGCAGAGCAGGAGGAGGCACUUUUUAUUGCUCGCUUUAGUCCUCCGAGUUGUGGUGUACAAGUGAACAAGCUAUGGUAUAAGCCUGUGGAGCAGUUCAUCUUACCAGAGAGCUUUGAAGGUACAAUUGUGUGGGAAAGCCAAGACCUCCAUGGCCUCGUGUCUAGAAAUCUCCACAGAGUGACAGUGAAUGACGGAGGGGGAGUUCUCAGAGUCACCACAGCUGGCGAGGGGGCGCUGCCUCACGAAUUCAUGGAAGGUGUGGAGGGAGUUGCAGGUGGCUUUAUCUACACUGUUCAGGAAGGUGAUGCACUGUUGCUCAGCCUUCAUUCUCGGCCCCAGAGACUAACGGAUCACCUAAAGGCUCUGCACAGGGAAGACGCCUUACUCCAGGAGGAGAGUAGCAUCUACAAUGACAUUAUCUUUGUGGAUGUUGUGGACACAUACCGAAAUGUUCCUGCAAAAUUACUGAACUUCUAUAGAUGGACCGUGGAAACCACCAGCUUUGGUUUGCUGCUGAAGACAGAUGACGACUGUUACAUAGACUUAGAAGCUGUGUUUCAUAGAAUUUCCCAGAAGAAUCUGAAUGGGUCUAAUUUUUGGUGGGGAAAUUUCAGGUUGAAUUGGGCGGUGGACAGAACUGGAAAGUGGCAGGAGCUGGAAUACCCCAGCCCUGCCUACCCUGCCUUUGCAUGCGGGUCAGGGUAUGUGAUCUCCAAGGACAUUGUUGACUGGUUGGCAAGCAACUCUGGGAGGUUAAAGACCUAUCAGGGAGAAGAUGUAAGCAUGGGCAUUUGGAUGGCAGCCAUAGGACCUAAAAGACACCAGGACAGCCUCUGGUUGUGUGAGAAGACCUGUGAGACAGGAAUGCUAUCUUCCCCUCAGUACUCACCACAGGAGCUGAGCAAGCUGUGGGAACUGAAGAAACUGUGCGGGGAGCCUUGUCAGUGUGAGGCAGGAUCACCAUGAUCCCAGAAGACCGGGACUUGGGGACUUUAAGUCUGAGGAGAGCCUAAGGUGUGGGGACACAAAACGGGGAUUUCAGGAGUUUUAGGUUGGUACCUUCCCCUCUAAUCAGUGUGGUAUUUCUUAAUAUUUACAAAGAUCUCCUUUUUGAAAAUCAACUGAUACUGCAGCAUA